AUGCAGCACCCAAGCGAGCAACCAACAUAUAUGCCAGAGGUUCCAUUCCAACCAUUAUGGGGCCAAGAGGCACCUCCGCCACCUCCCAUUGUGCCCUAUCAAGAGCUCAUUGCUGGUUUUCCUUGCAGCGAUUUAUCCUUGUGGCAACGAUCUCAGGUGGCUCCAAUGGUGCCCCAACGUCCCAGCACAAAUGGACGCUCCCAUGGCAGUUCAUCCAGCUCCUCGAAAAAAACACGACGCCGUGUGGCUUCCAUGGCUCAGCGAAGAGCUGCCAAUAUACGUGAACGCCGUCGAAUGUUCAACCUAAACGAAGCCUUCGAUAAACUACGCCGCAAGGUACCUACCUUUGCCUAUGAGAAGCGUCUAUCCCGCAUCGAGACUUUGCGUCUGGCCAUUACCUAUAUUGGUUUCAUGGCGGAGCUGCUUAGUGGCACACCUUCAAACUCCCACAAAUCUCGCUCCGAUAUGUAUGGCGGCAUCAAUGGACAUCACCAAACGACGGCACCACUACCUCCGCCCAUUCAUCCGCAUCAUUUGCAUCCGGCAGCUGCAUAUCAACGGGAUUUCGCAUCCCCCUACAAUCACAGUUUGUCUUGAAAUCAAGAGAAAUUUUUGGCUGUAGAUGAUUUUGACACGGAGGAGUGAUAUUGUUUCAUUUGUUUUGUUAUAAUUAAAUAAGAGGACUUGGAUUAGA